GACGCUCCAAGUUCGUGGAGCGCAAAACUCUCCAAAGAGUUUAUAGCUCCUGCUUCAGGACUCCGCUGGGUUGGAAGGAGCCAAGAAAAGUUUAGAAUAGAAGCAGACACACUAAGAAGUGGAGUGCGUCAGGAAUGGUGAAGAGGCGGAAUGGUCCUCCCGCCGACCUGCACAUGUGAGCCUAGAGGCCACCGGUAACUUAUUUUUUUUUAAACUUCAGAAGAGACCGGGAACCGGGCACUAACGGGAGAACACAGGGUGGGAAAAAGAGAAAAGUCCACUGUGAAGUGACUUUUACAAGUGUCCUGUCACCUCUACACGAUGGUCUUUCUCCCGGGAAUGAGCUGGGUCUUUUUGAGCGCUCUGCUGCACGCUGUGGCACCCUGGGGCGCAGACCGACCGGGCAGACCGAGACAGUGCGACGCACCAAAAUCGCAAAGUGACAUGAACUCUUUCCUUUGGAGAGUAAAGCGGGCACCUCCUCACCCACCUUCUUACUUAUUUGGUACCAUCCACGUACCCUACACUCGAGUCUGGGACUUCAUUCCCAACAUCUCCAAGCAGGCUUUCCAUAACAGCAAUAACGUUUUCUUUGAGCUGGACCUGACUGAUCCACUGACCAUCUCCAAACUGACCAGCUGCCAGUUGCUCCCCCACGGAGAAAAUCUGCAGACCCUGCUACCUCGAGACCUGUACCGCCGACUCAAACGGCAUCUAGACUACGUCAAACACAUGAUGCCUUAUUGGAUGACAGCUGACCAGCGAGGCCGAGGCCUGUAUGCUGAUUACCUGUUCAAUGCUAUUGCAGGGAACUGGGAGAGGAAGAGGCCUGUGUGGGUAAUGCUGAUGGUAAACUCACUCACAGAAUGGGACGUCCGGUCCAGGGGGACACCAGUGCUUGACCUGUUCUUAGCUCAAGAGGCAGAGCGGAUGGGAAAGACCACAGGUGCAGUUGAGCAGGUGGAGGAGCAGUGUCACCCCCUCAAUGGACUCAACUUUUCUCAGGUGCUGUUUGCCUUGAACCAGACGCUGCUGCAGCAUGAGGGUGUUCGAGCAGGCAGCCUGCAAGGCUCCUACACUACAGAGGACCUCAUUACACAUUACAACUGUGGUGACCUCAGCGCCAUCAUCUUCAACCAUGACACCUCACAGCUGCCUCACUUCAUCAACAGCUCUUUGCCAGCACAUGACCGCAUGACGGCCCAGCAGAUUGACAGCUACUUCCGCCAGGAGCUCAUCUACAAACGCAAUGAGCGAAUGGCUCGACGUGUUUCUGCCAUGCUGCAGAGAAAUCCCAACCACACUUACUUUUUUGCUUUUGGUGCAGGUCACUUUCUGGGGAACCACAGUGUGCUGGACAUCCUGAGGCAGGAGGGCUACGAGAUUGUCCACAUGCCCUCUGAUCAUCAAGCCACAGAGGCACCAGGUCCAGAGCUGAUUGCAGCAGGGUCCAGCAAGGACAGUACAGACACUACACACACAGCACCUCCCACUAGCUGGCCAACCAGUCCAGAGAUGGAGCUGGAGCUGGAGGACCCAGAACCUAUGCCUGGUCUUGGAGAGGAGGAGCUGCCUCACAUGCUGCUCCCGGACAGCUUGAGCCAGCUGGAGGAGUUUGGACGGCACAAACGGCCACGCAAAAAUCACCGUGGCCAAGGGAGACCCCGUCUCUUCAGUGACCUGUGGGUUCGCAUAGGCGAUGGCACUACCCCACCACCUAACAUGAGGAUAAUCAAUGGCUACGUGACAGUGGAGCCUCCACUGACCUAUCAAAAGCAUCGCAGGCGGAUGGAGAUCUAUGAGAUAGAUCGACACCCCAGUUCACCUUCCUCCACUUCACCAAGCCCCAGUUCAGCCCAGCUAGCUCACAGCACACUCGCAUUGUCUUGUGUUUUAGCCUGGCUUUUAUCACACAUGUUGUUCACCUCCUGACCAACAGAAAGUGUUAUCUCACUACAAACAUUUAGACACUACUGCAUCCACACCACAGCAGUGGAGUGUACCUGUUAAAGACAAACACGGAGUGACUGUCAGCAUAACCCAGGGAGAAAUAUCUCAGUCAGGAUAAGACGCCUUAAGGUAGGACAAUCUGGUCUCCACAACAGAGCGAGAUCGGCUUCAGCCUACCAAAAUGCCAAGUCUUUAAAAACUCACCAAGUCUCAUAAUGUGUGGAAUAAGCUCUUUGCUGUGUAAGAAGCAAUAAAUGGACUAUGUUGGACUGCAAGGGGUCAAGUCCAAACUUUCUGAAAGUAUUAAGAAAGAAUAACAAACGCAGCACAAUCAAGAAUUGUAAAUUUGAAGAGUCGGAGUCCGCUGCCUAAUGAAAACUGUAAUACUAUGUAGAAAAAUAAGACUGGCUUUAAUAAAGAGAAUAGAUCAUACUAACAGUUAUAACUCUGUGAAAAAAAAAAGAGUUGAAUAAAUGCAGUACUGUGUAUGAGAAGCACUCAGUUGCCACUUUGUAAAUUGUGCAUUUUGUUCAUAAAGGAAUAUUGUAUAUUUAUUAU